UUCCAGACUAAAACCAAAAGGUGAGACCGAGAGCAGUCGUCGAAAUCGUUCGGUAGUGGUUAUCUUCCCCCCGUAGUCCGAUUUCCUGUGGUCGCGGUCCGGAGAACAAAAAAGAAUUCGAAUUCCAGGAGAAAUCGGAAAAUUUUAAUCGAAUUUGCAUUAUUUCUGUUCUCGGAGCAAUAGUUGCAAAAAGCAUGUCGGCCGAACAAGUGAUCGAUUUGGUGACUGACGAAAACGACGAUGUGAUUGUGAUUGACGACGAUAGUCCCAAGUCCAGCAUCUCGGAAGAUUGUUCGAUGGAUGCUGCCAGCACAGAACGGAUGGCCGAACCACCGGUGGAACAGAAACCAUUCGCUUCGCAGGAACCCAUCUCAGUGGACAUGGACAUUGAGGAAGUCAUUCCGAUCCCGAUCAGCAACCAAACCCUGGCCGAGGAGAAGAAGAACGCUGGCAACGACCUGUACAAGAUCAAACGGUACGAUGCAGCACUACAGCUAUACACGGAGGCGAUCAACCUCUGCCCGGAAACUCCGGCUUACUACGGGAACCGGGCCGCUACCUACAUGAUGCUCGGCGACUACAAGGCCGCCCUCAAGGAUGCCAAGCAGUCGGUCCAGAUCGAUGGCUUCUUCGAGAAGGGCUACAUGCGCAUCGCCAAAUGCUCCCUGCUAAUGGGUGAUCUUAUUGGUACCGAGCAGGCGAUAAAGAAAUUCCUAGAGUUGGACCCAUCCAACCAAGCACUGAAGCCAGAGCUAAUUAGUCUGAAGCAGCUGCGCGAUCUCAACGAGAAAGCUGCCAAUUGCUACGACAAACAGGACUACCGGACAUGCUUGUACCACUGUGAUAAUGCCAUCAAGAUCGCCCCUGCCAGCAUACACUACAAACUGUUGAAAGCGGAAUGCUUGGCUUUGCUGGAGCGCUUCGACGAAGCGGGCGACAUUGCCAUUAGCAUAAUGCAAUCCAAUUCGACCAAUGCGGACGCGAUCUAUGUGCGUGGAUUGACGCUCUAUUACAGUGAUAAUUUGGAUAAAGGUCUGCUACACUUUGAGCGAGCAUUACAGCUUGAUCCGGAUCACAAGAAAGCUAAAAUAAUGAGAAUCAAGGCCAAGCAGCUGAAGGAACGCAAGGAGAGGGGUAAUGAGCUUUUCAAGAGUGGAAAGUUUAAAGAUGCUCAACUUGUCUACACGGAAGCGCUGGCACUUGACCCACUUAACAAGGACAUCAACAGUAAAUUAUACUACAACCGCGCAUUAGUGAAUUCCAAACUCGGAAACAUUAGAGAAGCCAUCACCGAUUGCACCUGCGCGUUAGACAUCAAUGAAAAGUACAUGAAAGCACUGCUUCAGAGGGCAAGACUUCAUUACAAUUUGGAGAACUUUGAAGAAUGCGUCAAGGAUUACGAAAAAGCACUAAAGUUUGAGAAAACGAUGGAAAUAAAGAAUCUUCUUAAGGACGCUAAACUGCAGUUGAAAAAGUCGAAGCGAAAGGACUACUAUAAGAUUUUGGGAAUUGGCAAGCAGGCCUCCGAAGAAGAGAUUAAGAAAGCAUACCGCAAACGAGCUCUCGUUCACCAUCCCGAUCGUCACGCAAACUCGACGGAUGAGGAAAAGAAAGAACAGGAGCGCAAGUUCAAGGAAGUCGGCGAAGCGUACACGGUUCUCUCUGAUCCGGUCAAAAAAUCCCGGUAUGACAACGGUUAUGACAUUGAAGAUCUGGAUCAGUCAGAUGUUGACCCACAGCAAAUGUUCCGACAGUUCUUCCAGUUCCCCGGUGGUGAUCCCAACUUUGGUGGAGGCUUCGGCGGCGGUGGCAGCAAUUUCUCCUUCCGAUUCGGUUAAGUUGCAUCACAAUCCGAUAGGAGUAAUUUUUAGAAACUUAAUCGGCUAAAUUUUCAAGUUAAGCAAAAGUAGUUCCCGUACGUUAGUGUCGAUAGUGUAAAGUUAUAUUUUUAAGACCAUGCAUGACGAAAAUGCGGAAGCAGGGUAAAUAAAUGUCGGGAAAGGAGAGCGUUCUGGUAUCGUCUCUCUUUCAGUUUUCAAUUGCAGCAGAGCAGAGCUUUCCAUAGUGAUUUUUGCGAUUCCAUUGAGUGCAAUCUUUGCGGCCCUCCAAAUGUUCUCCUGUUAGAGCUCAUCGGAUUAUCGAUUUUGCAAACCAUAAAUAACAGUACGAUUCAAUCAUGUUAAAGUGAAUAAUCCAGAUUAACUAGCUGUUCCUGCAAAUUUGAAGAAAAAAACUUGUACUCUCAGUUUA